UCAGCUUGGCUUGGUUCAGUUCAGCUCGGUUCGGUUAAAUUUAGGUCGGCUCGGCCAGGCUCAGUGCCAGUUUGGCUCGGAUCAGUUCGGCUGGUUUGGUUUGGUGCUGUCACUUUGACUCUGCUCUGCUGCUUCGACUCGGCUCGUCCUGGCUCAACCAUUUCCCUUCAGCUCAGCCAGGCUCGGCUCAGUUCGGUUCUGCUCAGCUCGGAACUUGGCGGACUUGGCCGAUUUACUCCUUCACCUUUGCCCUCUUCAGUCACGCGUUGUGCCUGGAUUUCAAGAAAUGCCCUUCCCCAUGAAACAUUCCCUGGCGCAGGGCUGCGUUGGCCACUUUGGUCCUGUUUGCUGCUGGUGGAUGCUGCUCUGAAACGUUUCCCUUCGCGGGUGUCCUGGCAGUUCUACCAUCCAGUAGCUCGUCCAGCUUUGGUUCUGUCUUGAGUUUUUUUUAUUUUUCUGCUGGUUUUAGCUUCUGCCAUUCUUGGUCUCAGUUUCAUACUGUCUGUCAGUAUUGCCCAACAUAAGAAUGAUAUGGAACUGCUGGAAUGAGUCCAGAGGAGGCUACAAAGAUGAUCUGAGGGCUGGAGCAUCUCUGCUAUGAGGACAGGCUGAAAGAGUUGGGCUUGUUCAGCCUGGAAAGAGAAGGCUCGGGGAGACUUUAUAGCGACCUUCCAGUACCUGAAGGGGGCCUAUAAGAAAGCUAGGGAGGGUUUUUUUACAAGGGCAUGGAAUGAUAGGAUGAGGGGGAAUGGCUUUAAAUUGGAGGGGGAAAGAGUUAGGCUAGUCAUUGGGAAGAAAUUCUUCACAAGGAAAGUGGUGAGGCACUGGCACAGGUUGCCCAGGGAAGUUGUGGAUGCCCCAUUCUUGGAAGCGUUCAAAGCCAGGUUGGAUGGGGCCUUGGGCAGCCUAGUGUAGUGGGAGGUGUCCCUCCCCAUGGUAGAGGGGUUGGAACUAGAUGACCUUUAAGGUCCCUUCCAACCCAAACCAUUGUAUGAUUGUCUCUCUGUAUAAAUGUGUGUUUUGCCUCCUCUUAAGCUGUCCCAAUGAAGUUCAGCAAAGGCAAGUGCAGAGUUCUGCGCCUUGGGAGGAACAGCCCCCUGCACAAGUACAGGUUAGGGUUAACCAGCUGAAAGGCAGCUCUGCAGAGGAGGACCAGGGAGUCCUGAUGGACAAGAAGUUGACAGUGAGCCAGCAAUGUGCCCUCAUGGCCAAGAAGGCUGAUGGUAUCCUGGGAUGCAUCAACAAGAGUGCAGCAAGCAGAUCAAGGAAGGUUAUCCUACCCCUCUACUCUGCCCUAGUGAGAACCCAUCCCAUGCCUAGUUCUGGGCUCCCCAGUUCAGGAAAGGCAAGGAACCACUGGGGAGAGUCCAGCAUAGGGCAAUGAAGAUGAUCACGGGACUGGAGUAUCUCUCCUGUGAAGAGAGACUGAGUGAGCUCAGGCUGUUUAGCCUGGGAAAAAGAAGACUGAGAGGGAACCUUAUCAGCAGUUAUAAAUAUCUAAAGGGCAGGUGUCAAUAAGAAGGGGCCAGGCUCUUCUCAGCGGUGCCCAGUGACAGGACAAGGGGCAACGCACACAAUCUGGAGCACAGGAAGUUCCACCUAAACAUGAGGAAAAUCUUCUUUACUGUGGGGAUGAUGGAGCAGUGGAACAGGCUGCCCAGGGAGGCUGUGGAAUCCUUCUCUGGAGAUAUUCAAAACCCAUCUGGACACAUUCCUGUGCAACCUGCUGUAGGUGAACCUGCUUUAGCAGGGGGGCUGGACUGGAUGGUCUCCAGAGGUCUGUUCCAAUGGCUACCAUUCUGUGAUUCUGUUCUGCUUCCUUUGUUUCUGAUGUUUUUAAACUCUCACAACUUUGCUUAUGUAUUCCAGAACCAUUUCUCCUCCUGUCUAUUUUGUUUAGGCUACUACAAUUUCCAGAAACUGCCAUUUUAGAUUAUACUUGUGAGGCACAGUUCAUGUCUCUCUUGAUCUGAAGCGGUGCAGCAUAUUUUGGUAUUGUACAUUUGUCAUAGUCGAUUAAUUUAAAAAACGAAAAACCAACUUAGUAGUUGGGGAAGUAUUUUUCUGCUGAUUGAGGAUUGGACCAUUGUUAAAGGAUUUUCACCAGAUAGUGGGUAACUCUGGGCUUGCUUUAUCUACAACUCAGAGUAGGGCCAUCACCUCAGUGAAUGGCAAAGGCCCCCACAAAAUCAUCAGCUAUUUAUAUGGCAUUAUACAGUGAGUAUUUUCUUUGAAAAGUUCUUUGUGUUUUUCCAUAUGCUCCUAGUUCUUUAUUCUUCAUUAACUCAGAAGUCCACAAAAGUUCAGUUUGAUAAUAAAUCUCUGCUGCCUCAUUUCAGUUCUCCUUCAGAAGUGAUGCUUCAACGGGUCAUGUUCCUCUUCCGGUCAUAAAAAUCUAAUACCUAUAUUGUAAGCCUGACAUUUCUUACACAAUCUGUUGAUUCAGGUGGACUGAGGCUUUACAUGGGACAACUGAACAGUAUUCUUGUAGUUGUGAUAAAGAUUAAUUUCCAACACCUGUUCUUAUUAUAUUCUUAAUACAAUAUUCUAUUUAUCACAAUCAGCUAUCAAUAAUAUAUAAGUCCUACAUGGAUAUAUUUAUCAUAUUUUCUCAUUUCUGUUAACAACCAUGCCCUGUGUAAAGAAUGUCCAAAGUUCCCAUUAAAAAGUUCAUUCUUAACUCCCAUUUAAGAGACUCUUAUUUAAUUCAAAUAGCCUGACCUAACUGAUGCUCUCUGGCAUUGUUAUGGGAAAUAGUUUUAGAUGACAAUUUUUUAUUUAUGGCUUUGUUCUUCUUUUCUGGUAUUUACUUAGUUUUGUGCUGUUUGGAAAAAAUAGUCUGGAGCCCUUGCUCUCCCCUUUGCAGUUUGUAUCUGUUUGAUUGUGCAAUCCCAGCCUUAUAAUACUAUUUGGAUUAGGAAAUCUGAUAUUCCUAAUGAUUUAAUUGUUCAUUUACCUCUGUCUAUCCUCCAGAUCGCAUUCUGCCAUUUUGUUUCUCAAGUCUAGCACAAGCAGAAAUUAUUUUCCUUCUUCAGAGCCAGGUUCUGGGUGCUUUUUCAGCCUUUACUCUUUGGCAGUUGAGUGACUUCAUUCUGUUGGGACUAGUGCAGGUGAUUUCUUCUGCUAUCAUCUCCCUUCAAACAGAUUUUUAGAAAAGAAGUCUUAUAAACCUUCAUUUGAAUCCAUGAAUCCAUUGCAUUGUGGGUUUGCAAUGAGAGAAUCUAUAAUAUAUGAAUCCAGGCAAAUUUCACUCCCUAUAGCUGCUUCCUACUUGGCAGGGCACGUGUGCUGCUAAUUUCACAAUGGAGCAAGGAAGAAAUAAUUGCCCCAUUGCUUUGUGGAAGAAGCAGCUCUGGCAGCCGGAGUCCUGUGCCAAAACUAAGUAAUGCAGUUUUUACUUCAUGCAAUGUUUGAAAGAGAAUACUGACAUCCACUCUUGGCAAUCCAGGAGUGCGUCCUGUCUGGCUUUGUGGUGGUUUGCUGUAGCAUGUGCAAGUCAGGGAGAGAGGCUUUCAGCAGCAUGGGAAGCCUGGUAAUGCAAAAAUUUCUCUUUUGUGAGGGCUCUUUCUUUAAUCAGUGCCACCGGAAUUCCUAUGAUCAAUUUUUGCUGGAGAAUUUGAACAAUUAAAAAGUAAAGGAUGAGAAACUGCCUAUCUGGAAGGAUCUGCCACUGAGGCUUUCUGGAUCAGCUAGGAGCAGAGCUCUUUUUACUGCAGAAACAACCAGCUUUCUUUGAUCUGUGGGUUUUAGACCAUCUUUUUCCUUCUGAACUGGAGAGGCAGAAAGUUCACUCUACCCUUGAGACCCAUCUGUUGACAUCCAUGCUAGCCUAAUGUAUUUCCAGGGUGUCACCAUGCAAUUCAUCUCUUGUCCUGCUGCCAGAAUCACAUCAGCAACCAGAUUGCAGUAACGUGAAGGACUGCAAAAAGGACAUAAGCUUUCAUGGUAGAGUGAGGCAGAGGUACUUUCUGAGGCAGUGUCCCUGCCCUGCUGAUGCCCAGCUGUGAUUGUGAUAGCAGAUCUAAGAAUUACUGCCAUCGAUACCAAAAGGCAGUUGGUCUGUAGCAGCGCUGAUAAAGCCUUAGCUGGAACACUCUGUCUAGUUUUAGGCAGCAGGUGUCAGAGAAAGAUGUAUGCCGAUCAUUGGCUGCCAGGGAAAAAGGGGAAAAUAAGCAGGGAUUUAGAAAAUAUGACUGAAGGAAAGUUUGUCUAAUCUAAAAGAAAGGAAACAAACAAACAAAAAAAAGAGGUAAGUCCUUGGGAAAAUAAAAAAAUGGUGGAAAAGACUAAGAUUAAGCUGUUCUCCUUAUCCAUAGUAGAAUGGAUUAGAAAUAAUCAUUUAAGUUGAAACAAUGAAGAUUGAGGUCAACAUUAGAGAAGCCAUUGCUUGGGUGCAUAACGGUCCUAAGACACAGGGAGGCCUCCCUGUGGCCUAAGGAGUGCCUUGGGAAAGAAGACUUGACCCUCUAGGUCUUGGAAAUUCUGGAAUGCUGGAGCAGUAUGGCAAUGCCAUUAUUUUGUUGGUGGCUUUUCUAUUGGGUUGGUUUGUUUGGGAUUUUUUCUAACCUUGUUUACUGUCUUAAAAUAAUAAAUCCAUAGAUGCCAAUAUGGUUUAGAGGGCCAAAGAAACGGUGUCUGUCUCAGAUAUUUUAGGAAAUUGUUAUCAUUUUCAGUGUAGGUUUUAGGGAGAAGAUUAAAACCCAGAUAUGAGAGGAUAUUCUGGGACCUGAUCCCUGUUGAUAGUUUUAAGAGUUGAGCACCCACUACUUGCACGGAUUUAGCAUCUAAAAUGAUUUGCACAAAAUCCUGCACAAAAUCCUCAAGAGGGCUGGCAAACAAAUUCAACAAAGCUGCUGUUCCCCAGCUUCAGGAUGUCUUCCCCUGAAAUUGCUUCCCUUUCUUGGGGUCAGAUGAAGGUGAAAGGCUGCUCUACAACAUAUAAAGACUGCAAAGUAUGGCCGGGAGGAAGCCGAACCUGGGAUUGGCGAGAAACUGGGACUGGCCAUUCUCCGGGCGUGCAACCAGCUGACCUUGAAGAAGUUGUCAAGAAAGGUGUUAAAACUGUGGUGAUUGGUCGUGGCAUGAGUGAGGCUUUGCAGGUCCCACCAUCUACCGUGGACUACCUGAAGAAAAAUGGGAUUGAUGUAUUGGUCUUGCAAACUGAAAAGGCUGUGGAAGAGUACAAUGCCCUGGCUGCUCAGGGUGUUAAAGUAGGGGGGGUCUUCCAUUCAACCUGCUGAAGUGUUACAGCUCAUUCCGCCUUCCUUGGCCAGAGCCAAAUCACAGACAUACCUCUCUGCUGAAUCAAAUUACAGAGUGUGGGAUUCCGUGCCAAGGCAUUUGUGUGCUGAUAAUCUAAAACGCAAGGACAAUUUAUUCGCUCAGGAAUUAAACAAAUUUAGUGCUCGCAGAAGAGGGCUGUUAUUGAAAUAAUUUAAAUGCAGAACCAAUUCCAUUCGUUCUUGUGAUUUAUCUCGUCUUCCUCUGAAGACUGUCCAUGUUCGGGUUACUUAACUUCUCACCUGUUGCCUAAAUUAAGAUACUAGGUUUUGAGUACUAGUAUUAGGAAAUGGCCUGAAACUACAUUAUAGGCUUUUGGAAUGCAGCCAUAAAAUAUCUCAAGUACAAUCAAGCGGUAGAUAGGAAGCAGUAAGUAAAGAAGCACUUCCCCAGCGAUGUGUAAAUAAAUUAAAAAUAAAAUAAAUGAAAAAGUGAACCCAGAACAUACAACUCUGCCUCCUGCUGGCAACUUCAGUCACAAGGCUGGCAACACAGAUGUAUUUGUGAUGGUUCACAAAAUUUAGCACAUUUAAAUUUUACAUUGAAUCUGGAAAAAGAAAAAAAAUGUCUACCAGGAAUAAACAUAAAAUCUGUGCCUCAAAGAGUUUCCCUAUUAAUUGUGAAUUAUGAGGGUUGAGUUGUGCAAUACAUAUCUAUUCAAAAGUCCGUAUUUGCUUAGAAUCAUCAGAUUGGUCACAAAAACUAGAGUUUGCAAUAUAAAAUGUUGAUCUUUAGGAAAUCAGUCUAAAUUGCUACUAGCAAGCGGGGAGUGGAUAUGAUAAUUCUUGCUGGUCGUUGUUAUCUGGUGAUUUAAACAUUGUGCCAACUAGCGCGUUGUCACAGUGGAAACUUCAAAAGUUGUCUUAGCUGCUGUUCUUGGUGGGCUUCCAUUACCAGUGAACCAGUUUCUAUUAGCAAUAUAACUGGUAUAACCAGUUACAAGUUACCUACUGUAGAUUUUUUUUUUCCCUUACCAGGCUGGAUUUAAUUCUCUAUCUGUGCAUAUUGAGUUUGUGUCUAUUAAUGAAACCACAGAGAUGGCACUCGCAGCCCUGAGGCGCUCAGAGCUGUCCAAGUAGCAGCAGAGAGGCUUAGACUGGUAUGAGAAUGUGCUGACUUUCCCAAGACCCAAGAAUAAACCUUCACAAAAUGUUCUUUUUCUGUUUAUCUUUUUUUUUGCUCUAGUGGUCAUUUAAAACCUUUUAUCUGAUAAAAUACAUUGUGAUGUAAAAGCAAAGGGAAAGUGAGUACUUGAAAGCUUUAUCUUGCAAUCUCUUAAUUACAGCAAUAUUUUCUGUUAGUGGAGCUUUGUUUGAUGCAACAUCUUACCUAAACCAGCACGAACUGCCUUUCCAGCCACACGUGUGUUCUCAGACUCAGCAGCUGGUGCCAGGUACUCAUCAGAACUGCUGGGACGUGUUUUGGAAUAACUUGCAUGGUGUGAAGUAGGUGGUGAACCCGACUCGAAGACUGUCAUCGUCCCAAGGGAAUGCCAAUAGAAUCAGCUCCUGCCGAUUUGCAGAGUGUGAAUGCUUUUUGCAUUAAAUGUAAUUAUCUUAUAGCA